AUGCCCGCUCUUUCUGGCGACCCGAAGGCCGAUGCAAACGGCCGCCCUCAUCAGGAAAGAGUCAAGCAGUUCAUCGAGUCUACGCUUGCUUCCGUUCUCGAUGAGCUGUCAAAGCCUGACGGGCGGCCGUCAGUGACGCUGAAACGCCGGUCUAAACGAGCUAACAAUUGCUCAUUGAACGAGGAGACUGGGGCAUUGCAAGUAGAUACGAAUGGCAGGGAGUGGAGUGUUACAUAUUCCUGGCCCGGAAAGACGGUAACCGAUGCCUGGAAAUUUGGGCACAUUUCAGAAGCUAUCGAGGGCAAAUUUAUCUCCUCCAAACGAGAUAUAUACUACCUUGACCCACCAUACUUCGGUUCUCAGAGACUGGUGGAUGGAUAUAUUGAUGAUAUCGCCUAUACAGUUGGUGUCGACCGGGCGGCAUUGCAUGUGUCAGCAGCAGCGAAAGGGUUGACAGUUGGUCGUUACAAAAUUAACCUCCAAAGUGGAUCUGUACUGAACGGAAUUCUUAUCCCAAGGACUCAUGAGAUAGUCGGAUUUGACUUGUCGGGUGUCAGAUGGAUACUGAUAAUUGAAAAGGAGGCUGUAUUUCACUGUCUGGCCACAUCGAACUAUCAUGCGACAUCGGCCGCAGGUGGAGGUAUCUUGAUAACGGGUAAAGGAUAUCCGGACCUAUCCACAAGAGCUUUCCUCCGCUCAAUAUCUGAAUGGAGGAACUCGCCUGCCCGUUUUAUCCCAAUAUAUGUUCUUGUGGACUGUGAUCCAGAUGGGAUGGCGAUCAUGUCAACUUAUAAAUAUGGAUCCAUAUCCCAAAGUCAUGAAAAUGCGAAUCUGAAUGUUCCCGGUGUCGAAUGGCUGGGGUUACGGGCUUCCGAUACUGCCAUACCUGGAAACGCAGAUGUUGACCGUCCGCUUAUUCCUAUGACUCUUCGCGAUAGGGCCAGGGCCCAAGCAAUGCUAUCGCAUAGUGUGAUCUUCUCAGAUGAGAGAGAGCAGGAAUGGAGGCUAGAAUUACAGAGAAUGCUCAUGGUGAAUGCCAAGGCGGAAAUUGAAGUGUUAUAUGAGAAAGCUGGUGGUAUUGAAGGAUGGCUGGACAGGAAGUUAAAAAGGUGA